AAUGUGACAGAUCAAGUUCAGACUAGUCAGUGUUGGUCAGUUGUAAACAUCCUCUAGGUUGUCUCCAGACACUUGUCAGGGUUUAUGGACCAGUGUUUACAAAUAAUAAGAGAUGAAACAUCAUCUUUUUAAAGGCUUGGUUGCCCUUCUCUAUCUACUUCAUUCUUCGCUUGGACAGAAAUGGUCUUAUUAUGCUCAGAAUCAGUGGGCUGAGAGCUAUCCCAGCUGUGGUGGGUUUCAGCAGUCUCCUAUAGCACUGGACUCAGUCAAGAAACAUGAUCCACAACUUAAAUCCAUUCUUUUCCAUCAAUAUGGGGACUUGUAUCCAGUCCAGAUGUACGAGAACGGACAUUCGCUGGAAGUAGAUUUUAAUUUAAGAAAACCAGGACGGAUAAACCCAGAGAUCAGUAGAAUACAUGGAGUACCAGAAAAAGACAGGUUCGAGUUUGCACAAAUGCAUCUCCACAUUGGAGUUGAGGAUUCCAGAGGGUCAGAACACAGUUUGGGAGGGAAGAAAUUUCCUGGUGAAAUUCACCUUGUUCAUUGGAAUAAUAAGUAUGCCAACAUUUCUGAAGCAGUUACCCACCGGGAUGGAGUAGCAGUACUUGGAUACUUCUUAGAGGUGGCAUCUGGUGACAAUCCUAUUUUUGGACCAUUCAUUGAUGCUUUGCCUCUGAUCAACGGGACUGAGAUCGAUAUUCCUGAUGGAGAGUUGCUUCCUGCUGGAGUUGCUGGCAAUAAGACCUCUGUUGGCAACAUGGCCCUGGACUUCUUGCUACCGAAGAAUAAAAAUGGAGACUUUUAUUUUUACAAGGGUUCUUUAACUACACCUGGUUGUAAUGAGGGACUAAAUUGGCAUGUUUUCACAGAUACUAUACCUAUCUCAGAAAAACAGUUGGAAAAUUUUCGGUCUGUAGUGUCAAGCCAGGGCAAGAAAAUCUCCAACAACUAUAGGUUCAUUCAACCCCUGAAUGGUAGAAAGGUGCUUCAGUAUCGACCAUUCUUGUCUUCUAAACCCAGUUCAGUUCCUUCCAGACGAAAUUUUCAGUACUCCAGGCCUAGAGUUGGAACAUCUCGACAACAAUUUGGUCCUCCAAUGCAGCAAUACCAGAAUCAAAAUUAUCAAUCUUACUCUCCUACUGGUUCUCACAACCUUGGGAAUAAAAUUAACAGUGGUUAUUUUUAUCCCCAGGCCCACCUGGGAUAUUCUCUCAAUGUUCUUGGUCAAACCCUGCCUCUGUCAUCUCCACCAAAUAAUCCAGUUGCUCCUUCUCAGGCAUAUUCUCUUCCAACCACUCCACCAACUCCUAAAUAUUCAUAUCUUGCUCCAAGAUACCAGCUUAAACCUGAUCCAAUUCAAUCCAACUAUCCAAUGAGAUACAUCAAUCAGCCUGAACCUGAUACAAUUCAAUCCAACUAUCCAAUAAGAUACAUCAAUCAGCCUGAACCUGAUAAAAUUCAAUCCAACUAUCCAAUGAGAUACAUGAAUCAACCUGAAAACAACCGUCAAUUGUAUGAGGAUAAUCAAGCUGAUGCUUACAAUGGGAUUAAUACACCUAACUACAAGUAUCCUGUUGACUUUAAUUAUCAGACGCUAUAUGAUAAUGAAGCUGAUUCCAUCAAUGGCGCUGACUCCAGCUAUAGUGCCUAUUCUAGCUAUCGCGAUGACUCUAGCUAUGGAGCUGAUACUAGCUAUGGAGCUGAUACUAACUAUGGAGCUAAUGCUGGCUAUGGAACUAAUGUUGGCUAUGGAGCUGAUGCUAGCUAUGGAGCUGAUGCUAGCUAUGGAGCUGAUGCUAGCUAUGGAGCUGAUGCUAGCUAUGGAGCUGAUGCUAGUUAUGGAGCUGAUGCUAGCUAUGGAGGGGAUGCUAGCUAUGAAGCUGAUGCUAGCUAUGGAGCUGAUGCUAGCUAUGGAGCUGAUGCUGACUAUGGAGCUAAUGUUGGCUAUGGAGCUGAUGCUAGCUAUGGAGCUGAGCUAUGGAGCUGAUGCUAGCUAUGGAGCUGAUGCUAGUUAUGGAGCUGAUGCUAGUUAUGGAGCUGAUGCUAGUUAUGGAGCUGAUGCUAGCUAUGGAGCUGAUG